UUUUUAAUUGUAUUAUAAUUUAUAGUAAUUUCAAUUCCCAAUCAAUAAUCAAAUGGCCUCAAGUGACAGUCGAGAGGAUGACAUCAAUAGUCCGGUGUCUUCGCCGGGCGUUCCCUUCCAGGAGGAGGAGGACAUCGCCGACGACAAUAUGAUCACUGAUGACGAGUCCGCCGCCAGCCCUCAGGCCAGUGGCCAACAGAAUAGGCCCGCCAUAAGAGACGGUCGACUCCGCGAUCACAACCUCUCCGAUGACGAGAGCGGCGAAGAGCUGUUCGGCGAUAACUUUGAACGCGAUUAUAGGCCGCGACCGGAGCUCGACGUCUACGAGACGGAAAUGUUGGACGACUCGGUCGGUGUGUCGGAGCUAUCGCUCGGCGAACGCAUCACCGCUGAGGCAGAGAUGAGGGCCAGAGAUCGCGCUGAGGGCCGUCUCGCGGGUCGUAUGCGAAGGGGUCUCGAUAUGUAUGACGACAGCGAAGAGGGCAGCGAUGAUCGGCCGCACGUACGGCGCCGACAGCUUCGGGCGCAACAGCGAAGGGCUGAACUGUUUGGUGAGGGAGAGGCCGAAGAGAUGAUCGAGAGUAUUGAGAAUCUGGAGGACACCCGAGGCAUGACUGUCCGCGAAUGGGUCGUCCAAAUGGCGCCGAAG